GCAGGCACGCGGGAGCCGGGGCCCUGUGACCAGGCCAAGGAGACGGGGGCUCUGGGGUCCCGGCCACCUGUGCCCCCCAUGGAGCUGAGGCCCUGGUUGCUAUGGGUGGUAGCAGCAGCAGUAGCCUUGGUCCUGCUGGCAGCCGAUGCCCGUGGUCAGAAAGUCUUCACCAACACCUGGGCCGUGCAGAUUCCUGGAGGUCCAGCCGUGGCUGACAGCGUGGCACGCAAGCAUGGCUUCCUCAACCUGGGACAGAUCUUCGGCGACUAUUACCACUUCUGGCAUCGAGCAGUGACAAAGCGGUCCCUGUCACCUCACCGCCUGCGGCACAGCCGGCUGCAGAGGGAGCCUCAAGUACAGUGGCUGGAGCAGCAGGUGGCAAAGCAACGGACCAAACGGGACGUGUACCAGGAGCCCACGGACCCCAAGUUUCCCCAGCAGUGGUACCUGUCUGGCGUCACCCAGCGGGACCUGAACGUGAAGGAUGCUUGGGCCCAGGGCUACACGGGACACGGUAUUGUGGUCUCCAUUCUGGAUGAUGGCAUCGAGAAGAACCACCCAGACUUGGCAGGCAAUUAUGAUCCUGGGGCCAGCUUCGAUGUCAAUGACCAGGACCCUGACCCCCAGCCUCGGUACACACAGAUGAAUGACAACAGGCAUGGCACACGGUGUGCAGGCGAGGUGGCUGCGGUGGCCAACAAUGGCGUCUGUGGCGUAGGCGUGGCCUACAAUGCCCGUAUUGGAGGGGUGCGCAUGCUAGAUGGCGAAGUGACAGAUGCAGUGGAGGCACGCUCGCUGGGCCUGAACCCCAACCACAUCCACAUCUACAGCGCCAGCUGGGGCCCCGAAGACGACGGCAAGACUGUGGAUGGGCCAGCCCGCCUCGCCGAGGAGGCCUUCUUGCGAGGGGUUAGCCAGGGCCGUGGGGGGCUAGGCUCCAUCUUCGUCUGGGCCUCAGGGAACGGGGGCCGGGAGCACGACAGCUGCAAUUGCGACGGCUACACCAACAGCAUCUACACGCUGUCCAUCAGCAGUGCCACGCAGCUUGGCAAUGUGCCCUGGUACAGCGAGGCCUGCUCAUCCACACUGGCCACGACCUAUAGCAGCGGCAACCAAAACGAGAAGCAGAUUGUGACCACUGAUUUGCGGCAGAAGUGUACAGAGUCUCACACGGGCACCUCAGCCUCUGCCCCUCUGGCAGCCGGCAUCAUUGCUCUCACCCUGGAGGCCAAUAAGAACCUCACCUGGCGGGACAUGCAGCACCUGGUGGUUCAGACCUCAAAGCCAGCCCACCUCAACGCUAACGAUUGGGCCACUAAUGGUGUGGGCCGGAAAGUGAGCCAUUCAUAUGGCUAUGGGUUGUUGGACGCAGGUGCCAUGGUGGCCCUGGCCCAGAACUGGACAACGGUGGCCCCCCAGCGGAAGUGCAUCAUCGACAUCCUCACUGAACCCAAGGACAUCGGGAAGCGGCUAGAGGUGCGGAAGACUGUGACCGCCUGCCUGGGGGAGCCCAGCCAUAUCACACGGCUGGAGCAUGCUCAGGCGCGGCUCACCCUGUCCUACAAUCGCCGCGGCGACCUGGCCAUCCACCUGGUCAGCCCCAUGGGCACCCGCUCCACCCUGCUGGCUGCCAGGCCACAUGACUACUCUGCAGAUGGGUUUAAUGACUGGGCCUUCAUGACGACCCAUUCCUGGGAUGAGGACCCCUCUGGCGAGUGGGUCUUGGAGAUUGAAAACACCAGCGAAGCCAACAACUAUGGGACACUGACCAAGUUCACCCUCGUGCUGUAUGGCACGGCCCCCGAGGGACUGCCCAUGCCUCCUGAGAGCAGCGGCUGCAAGACCCUCACGUCCAGCCAGGCCUGUGUGGUGUGCGAGGAAGGCUUCUCCCUGCACCAGAAGAGCUGUGUCCAGCACUGCCCACCAGGCUUCGCUCCCCAAGUCCUCAAUACACACUAUAGCACCGAGAAUGACGUGGAGACCAUCCAGGCCAGCGUCUGCGCCCCCUGCCACGCCUCGUGUGCCACAUGCCAGGGGCCGGCCCCCACAGACUGCCUCAGCUGCCCCAGCCACGCCUCCCUGGACCCUGUGGAGCAGACGUGCUCCCGGCAGAGCCAGAGCAGCCGCGAGUCCCCGCAGCAGCAGCCACCCCGGCAGCCCCCAGAGGUGGAGGCAGAGCCACACCUGCGGGCAGGGCUGCUGCCCUCACACCUGCCCGAGGUGGUGGCCGGGCUCAGCUGCGCCUUCAUUGUGCUGGUCUUCGUCACUGUCUUCCUGGUCCUGCAGCUGCGCUCUGGCUUCAGCUUCCGGGGGGUGAAGGUGUACACCAUGGACCGGGGCCUCAUCUCCUACAAGGGACUGCCCCCCGAGGCCUGGCAGGAGGAGUGCCCGUCCGACUCAGAAGAGGACGAGGGCCGGGGCGAGAGGACCGCCUUUAUCAAAGAUCAGAGCGCCCUCUGACAAGCGCCUGCUGCCCGCCCCUUCAAGCCCGUCCCUUCCUUGGGCACUUUUUACGUCACCAAAGUAUUUUUUUAUCUUGGGACUGGGUUUGGACCCCAGCUGGGAGGCAAGAGGGGCAGAGACGGCCUCCCACCCUACCCUUGGGCCACCUGACUGCCUGAGGUGGGGCCCCAGGACCAGAUGAGGGGCAGGGGAGGGUGACGUCCCACCCCCAGCACCCUCGUGUGUGGAGAAAGGAGUGAAACCUUGAGGGCAGCUUUCCAAGGGCCAGGCCCCAGCCAGAGCUCCCUGCAGAGUAAAGAGGGGCAGCCCUUCUCUUUCUGGAUUCCUGCCCUGGGCUGCAGCUCUUCCCCUUCCCUGUCCCUCUGAAGCAAUAAUGGUCCCCAUCCAGGCAGCAGGGAGGCUGGCCUAGGGGGUAUUUGAAGGAGGAAGCCACCUCUCCAAGGGCUUUUGCAUCCCUGACCCUGUCCCCCACCUCUGGUGAGCCUCGGGCAGAAGCGGUGAUUGAAGGAAGGGACCAAGGCAAGGCAGGUGCUUCCAGGGUACACAUGUAUGCACACGUGUGUGUCUGUCCCUUUGCCCACCUCCACCACAGCUGGCUGCCUGCUGAGCGAGGCUGGGCCGGGCUCAGCCCUGUGCUGGCACCCUGACCCCCUCCCCUCUCUGGCACCCUCCCCUCCUGCCAGGGCCCAAGUCCCUGUUUUCUGAGCCCGGGGCUGCCUCGGCUGUUGGCACUGACAGUCCCGGAGCCCCUGGGUGGGUGGUGGGGAGGGACGGUGGCCCAGCCAGCCUCUCCUGCCUCCCACCCGAUGCUGCUUUCCCCUGUGGGGAUCUCAGGGGCUGUUUGAGGAUAUAUUUUCACUUUGUGAUUAUUUCACUUUAGAUGCUGAUGUUUUGUUUUGUUUUGUUUUGUUUGGUAUUUUUAAUGGGGGUAGCAGCUGGACCACCCACCUUCCCACACCCACUGUUCAUCCUGCUGUUCCCCCAGCUGCCCUGGCCCUGAGGUGUGGGGGGCUGCAGCAUGUUGCUGAGGAGUAAGGAGUAGCUGAGCCCCAAGUCCUGAAGAGGCAGGCAGGCCAGGCCUAGGAAAGGGGGGUCAUGGUGGGAGGGGCAGGCUGUCAUGUUUCACAUGGGGCUCAUCGUGCCAGGGGCUCAUGGUCACUGGUUCUCCAAGUGCCAGGGGUGGGCAGGCAGUGGCCCCGAGCCCCCUCCAACACUGUGCCCUGAUGGAGAGAGCACUGACCUGUCCUGCCCCCCAAGUCGCCCUCUUCUGAUGUGCCUUUUGCACCCCUCCCUUUAGGACAAUCAGUCCCCUCCCAGUUGGGAGCCCCCUUUUCUUUCCCCAGCCCCUCCUGGCACCCAGCCACCUGCCCGGGGUGCCCCCUCCUCUCCCAUCCCCCCACCUUGUGGCCAGCCCAGCUGGUUUUGUAAGAUACUGGGUUGGUGCACAGUGAUUUUUUUUCCUUGUAAUUUAAACAGGCCCAGCAUUGUUGGUUCUAUUUAAUGGACACGAGAUAAUGUUAGAGAUUUUAAAGUGAUUAAACGUGCAGACUAUGCAAACCAGG